AUGGCUCAGCAAAUGGCGGCCGAAUGGGAUCUUCCCGAGGCUAACCUCUCCUUUGAAGGUGAUAAUGAGGCCUUCGUGUAUAACCGUCACAACGAAUCUAUCUUUGACGAUGUGCGCUACUUUCCUGGGUUGAAGCAUGACCAGGAAACCGUUGUCAAGUUUGAUGCUUCCAACGACGACUUCAUCAACCACGCCACAUUACGGGCUCUCAUCGUUCAGUUGACCUCUCCGGAGGUCAUUGAUUACAAUCUAAUUUGUGACUUCUUUCUCACUUACAGAACCUUUACAGACAGCCACACCGUAAUGAAUUUGUUGCUUACACGGUUGAUAUGGUCAUUGCAAUACGUCAACUCAUUCAAACAAGAUACAGAGAAGAUUGGAAAGUUGGUACUCUUGAGAACGUUCGUGGUAUUGAGGCACUGGAUCCUCAACUACUUUAUCGACGAUUUCCUUCCUGACGACAAACUAUGCGACACUUUCUCCUUCUACAUCAACCAGAUAACCCAUGAGUCACAUCUCAUACGGGCCAAUAUGGUUUUCGAAUUGAAGAUUAUGACUGACUUGAAGAUUCACUGGACGUCGCAAAUCAACGAGUUUCUCAAGGCGGGGCUUCCGCUGGACGCCGCCCAGAACGUCUUCACAUUCUUGUUACCUCCGGUAUCGGAGCUAGCCACUUUCAAGAAGCUUUCAAAGUCUAAUACAGAGGCGUCCAUCCACACUAAUCCUUCCUUCAGACGCUCGGCCAUGCUCUCGCUAUAUGACCAGAAAACUCACCACAAAUGCCUUAUUUACGAUGACUCCAACGCCAACGACGAGAACCCACAGCUUUCAAUUAACAACUUGCUUUCCCAGCAUAAAUCGUCCCGAACGUCUUUGAAUGACAAGUUAACGGACUUCAAGGGCAAGAAUCUCAAGAAACUCGAACGAAGAGCAACUACCUCCAAGAAGGUCGGAAAGGCAAACAAGCACAAAUAUAUUAACCUCACGGAUUCAUCGCUUGCUCUUAAAAAGACUUCAAAUGUGACUGACGAUAUGGAAACUAAACCAUACGAAGUCGAGAAGGAAAACAUCGCUCCAGUUGGGUUUUCCACGAAUGGCCAAGUCAAACUCCCAACAUCCAGGGUUUCUGCAAUUGUUCCGCUGACACCAGCCAAGAAGAUGGAGUAUAAAUUAAUCAAAGACCUUCCACCAACUCCAAAGAGCCCUGAUUUCAACAUUGGUCUGGACGACUCAGAGGAGGUGGGCAGAAAGAAAUCUUUGAAGAAGAUUGUAAAUGAAUGGAAACGCUCGUUCAACUCCCCAGACUUGAAGAAUGAGAAAAGCGAUACGUUCGCUCCUUUAAAGUCACCUGCCGAUUCUCCACUCUUAGUUGAAGAAAACCCACUUGGUGACAGAAUUGAUGUAUUGAGUGCAAGAAUUAUUGACGAAUUGGAGUAUUUGAUUCGCUACUACAUCACGGAUCUGAGUACCAUCAAUGAAGCUGAUGACAGAGAUUAUAUCAGCAGAUCCGCAAUCGAAUACUCGCAAAUGGAACAGAAUGAUCCUAAGACAGACUCACCUUCAUACGAAGAUAAUGAAGGCGAGAACUGGACGAAGGUUGCAGAUGCCACGUUGUCCCCACUGGUUAGCAAGGAUCAAAUGUCAAUCCAAGAUGUCUCUGAAUUGAACAUUGACAAGAUCGAUAACUUAUUCAGUCAGGAUAACAUCCUUCUCGAAGAAAACUAUCACGAAAUGCCACAUGAAGUGUCAAAAUUGUCGAAUGGAGUUACUGGAGAGGCAAAUAAUUCAAAAAGAUCUUCUUUCGGUGGUAGAGUUGCUAGUAUCAACUGGAAUGAUGAAGGCAAUCUUAAUCUCGAUGUAUCUGAGCUGUUGGACGAAGAAGCUUCUCAUUCUCUGGACAGUGAUUUGAAAGGUUCCCAUUUCAAUUCUGAUAGGAUGAUCAAGACAAGCACUCAAUACUUUGAUGUUAGUUCUGAGAUCCCGGUCGACACGGAAAGACCAAGAACUCCUUCCUCUGUCUCAACACCUAGUGAUCUUGAAAACUACAAUGAAGAGGUUUGCGAUUUGGGUAUUGCAAUGAGCCCCCAAUCAAUGCAAAAAGUAUUACUUAAGUCUACCUUGAAUGACCAGUUCAACACCAUGAACAAGCGAAUGUCAGUCCGCUCAAGAAACUCAAGUGGUUCACAGUUUAAGCGUGAUUCUGUCAAAUCGUACAUAAGUUAUGACUCUGCAUUCUCUAUCUCAUCUAACAGCAAGUCUGCUAACGCCGAUGGUAACUUGAGAAAGAAACAUGGGUACAACAACUUGCGCAAGCUCGCAUACAAACCUUCCGACUAUCCUGAAGACUUGGAAGAAGAUCCAACAAGCGAAAGAGUCACCGGUAUGCCUGUGAAGUUGAAGUCAAACUCUAUGCUCUCGCAUAUUUCUAGAUCAUCUUCUCUCAGAAGAAGUGUGAGAUUCAGCACCCUUUGUGCUUUAACAGAAUUACCCUUUAAUUACUUCGGCGAGUCAACCGAAUCGGUCAUAAGACUGAACACAGAAACAACCGGCAGACUGAGAAAACUGUCAGACAUUGCUGAUAGCUCGGUGUUCUCCUGUGCAAUCAUUGGCCGCAAAAGCACAAUCUAUUCCACCCGAAAAUCUAGUGAUCAAUCAUCCACAAUGUCUGUGGCAAUUCCUGGCAUCAGUAAUUAUGAUUUGAAGGAGCUUGCUGCCAUUCCAGACGAAUCUUAUCUCCUUCAAAAUCCAGUACAAUCUGCGUUGUACAAAUUAGAGGGAAAAAAGAAGUCAAAUCAAAACUCGACGCGAGCAUCAACUGAUAUUGAGCCUACUUCUAAAGACCUCCUGAUCGAAGAGCCAGAACCAGAUGUGACGACUUCACACGUUUCGACAAAACCCCAAAGUUCUAAUGACUUGAAAUUGGAAAAGUCUCCAACAAACAACACUGAAGAUAUAUUGGCAGAGAUUAACAACGCUGUCACUGAAGAUGCAAUUGAUUACUCUUCCGAAGUUGAAAAGGAAUUGAGGGAAAAGCCGGUCACUCCAAUAAAGCCGAUGUCAAAGGCAUAUGGAUUGUCAUCUGCCUCAACUUCAAAUAUGAAUGCCUUGCUUACAAGUGUGCCCAACAGCGAAAACACCAGUCCUUUCUCAAUCCUCAACCCAAAGGUUGUAUUAGAUGGAUACUCACUUACUUCUUCCAAUUUAUCGAUUGAGAAUGUCGUGACGAAUGGAAAACAUGUGUCGUUCGUCUUGAGUUAUGCUUCGAAAUCCUUAGCCGAGCAUCUCACAAUUAUUGAGAAAGAUAUGUUGCAAGAAAUUGAUUGGAAGGAAUUGAUCGAACUUCAAUGGAACAAGGAGUUGACUCCAGUUAACAGUUGGUUGGAAAUUAUCGUGAACGAGAGCUACUACAAUAAGAACAAAGGUGUGAACUUGGUAAUUGCCAGAUUCAAUCUUAUGGUUAACUGGGUAAUCUCCGAGAUACUCUUGACGAAGUCGGAAUCGGAGCAGAUUGCUAUCAUUUCCAGAUACAUUCAUGUUGCGUACCAUUGUUUGGCAAUGCAAAACUUUUCAACUUUGAUGCAAAUAGUGUUAGCACUUACAAGUGAAAAGGUUGCGAAGUUGAAAAACACUUGGAAGAACUUGCCUCCUGGAGAUAUCUUGACAUUGAAGAACCUUGAGGCAUUAACGUCGCCAACUAAAAACUUCAUCAAGAUUCGUCUUUGCAUGAACCAGCUCCAACCAUCGAGAGGAUGUAUCCCAUUCGUGGGAUUAUAUCUCUCCGAUUUGAUUUUCAACGCUGAAAGACCUAAGUUUGUGAAAACAAACAAAACGACAUUUGAAGCACCUCAAUUGAAUGACCCUUUGCCUGGACCGCAGAGAUCGCCAUCAGUUGGUGGUACUCCUAAGAUGCUGGCCGCAUGCCCUACACCAAUACCUUCAACCCCUCCGAAGAUCCGGGACACUUCCGUCACAAGCACUCCGACUAUAACAGGACCAAAUGCACCGGCUGCAUUCAACGAUUCCUGUGAACAAAGUGUGACCAUUGGAGACCUGACAAUCAAUUCGGACACGUCAGGAGGAGAAAGAGAGAAGAUGAUCAACUUCUCGCGAUUCCGGACGUCUGUUCACAUUGUCAAAUCCUUAUCGCAGUGUAUAGAGUGGUCGAAGAAGUAUGAGUUUGACAUGAAUGAUGAAUUACUCCGCAAAUGUCUAUAUAUCAAGUCGCUCGAUGAAGAAGAGAUGAACUACUGCCUUGGGUCAAUGGAGUCAUGA